AUGGCUCUCGUUUUCAGAUUUCCAACCUAUCAUCCGUGCAAGUGAGUUCCAAACUGUUUUAAUACAAAUCUCAAUGUAGAGUCUUAGUAAAUUUAUUUAUCUAUGCUUGAGUAAUGUACCUAUCUUCUAACACUAAUGAAUCAUUUAAUAUGAAGGGACGUGCUAAUAUACUUAAUUAUUAUUUUCUGUGAGAAUAUUCAUGAAGUUUCGUUGAAAAAGCCAUGGGUACGAAUGGAUAAGAAUAGAACAGAAUAGAACAUUUCUACCUGUUUAGACACUUAAAAGAUGUGUGAGUGUUUUUUUUCCUGACUAUCAUAUUAAAAAAUUUGCUUUUUUUUUCUGUGUUGCAGUUAUUACAACCGAGUGCCUGCAGGGUUCGACUUUUUCCACCAUCUGUGGAGGGAGAUCGCAUCGGCACAUGAACAAGAAGUCGGCAACCCUUACUGCCGUGAAAGACAGCAACAGUCUCACAAGGGAGCAGUCAAAAUCGCUUCUGUCCCGUUGAACCAGUUCAAACCUGAAGACAUCACAAUUGAAGUUGAUAGCGACAAGGUGACCUUACAUGGGCAGCAUCGCUCAGAGAGAGAAGAUGGAUUUGACACAAGCGAGUUCAAGAGAGUCUUUAAACUACCACAAGAUAUCGAUCCGACCACCGUAACGUCACGCACUACUCAAGAUGGCGGCGCCCUCGUCGUUGAGGGCUCCAAACUGGUGGAAGAGAAGGAGGACGACGGAAAAUUUGAAAUCAAGUUGGAUGUCAGUGGCUUUAAGCCAGAGUAGAUCAAGGUACAGAUCCGUGGAAAUGAGUUAAGCGUUAGUGGGAAACACAAAUCGGAAGAUGGCGAGGUUUACCGGUCACGUCGUUAUAGUCGCCACAUUGUGCUGCCUGAUGAUGUGGUUCUUGGUUCGGUGUCGCCGCGAUUGUCAAAGGAAGGCCUCCUGACGAUUGAAGCAUCACGUGACCCCGCUUUAUUGACAAGCGAGAGAGCCGUAGACGUUACCAUGGAGACAGAUGAACCAGAGGAUGAACCAAAGCCCUCCACUAGCGCUGAAACAGCAGAAACUGAGGAGUAA